AUGUAAGAAAAAAUUAUUAUUAUAAAGAAAAAUUAGGAAAUUAUUCAUUAGGAUUUUAAUCUUAAUGAAAAGGUGUAUGAAACAAUUAAAAAACAAUGUAAUGGAGAUAAUGAUAUUUUGAUUCUUUGUUAACAUUAAGCAUGUUAUUUUGAUGAAACUUUCUACUAAUUAAAGAACAGGGUUUCAAUUAAUGAAGAUCUAAUUAUUGUUGUGGAAUCUCUUUGUGAAACUGUGCAAUAGUUUUAAUAUUUUUAAAAAUAAUAAUUGGAAUAAAUUUACUAAACACCAUAAGAAUAAACGUAAGAUAUCUAAUAGAGUGUCAAUUAAACGAAGAUUAAUUCAUAAAUUUAAGAAUAAAAACUCUAAAAUAAAACAAAUGAAAAAUUAUUAGGAAUAGUAACUGAAAUAAAGAAAACUUAUUUUGUUUCGUAAUCUAAUAUAUGUGAAUCAGAAAUUCAAUAUGGUUCAAAUAAUCAGUCUAAUGCAACUUCAAUUGUAGAAACAUGCUUUUUGUGCAAUAAUUUAGUUGAAAAAUCAAUAUAGCUGGAAUGCUGCCAUAAAUAUCAUGAAGAAUGUUUGGAAUCAUUGUUUUAUAGUUAAUUACAAAAUUAAAGUAAAGUUUUACAUUGCUUAUGCUCAAAAUAAUAAUAUGCUUCGGCUCUAAAGCUUAUUAAAGACGAAGGAAGUUAAAUGCUGUUAAAACAUAAGUUAUUAUAAAAUCAAUUGAAUGGAAUUAUCCAAAAUUAUAAACUAGCAAAAUGUUAAAAACCAACUUGCUAUUUCUAUUAUAAUUGGAAUAAAAAAUUAAAUCAGGAAACUUCUUUUUGUCCCCUUUGCUUAAAUUGA